CCCAUGACGUUGAAGCAGCUGCUGUUAGUUCACCAGAUAGUUACGAUAUUAAUAUAGAUGAAGAUCCAAAUAAAGCCCAUAAUGUUGAAGCAGCUGCUAAUAGUUCACCAGAUAAAACUAUGACAAACUAUAGAGACAUAAGUGUAAUAAAUGAUGAGGAAAA